AACACAAGUUCCCCGCGCGGCCACUAGUAGCGCUUGUGUGCCAGUCUUUUCGCAGCAGGCGUGCGGCCGGCUGCUUGUUGCAGUGCGCGGUGCGAACUAUCACAUACGAGUUCGCGGUCAUAGGCUCGAACGAACAUCGAAAUCGACGGUCAGUGCGGUGACCAUGAUGAUGGACAACGGGGUGAUGAAUAAUCAUUAUGAUGGGGGGUAUACGGAUGGAUACAUGGAACAGGAGGAGGAGUGGGAGCGCGAGGGUCUUUUAGACCCGGCAUGGGAGAAACAACAGAAAAAGACGUUCACAGCAUGGUGCAACAGCCACCUGCGCAAAGCCGGAACUGGCAUCGAGAACAUAGACGAGGACUUCCGCAAUGGGCUGAAACUCAUGCUUCUCCUGGAGGUGAUAUCCGGCGAAACCUUGCCGAAGCCAGACCGAGGAAAAAUGCGUUUCCACAAGAUUGCCAAUGUCAAUAAGGCACUUGAUUUCAUUGCAUCCAAAGGUGUAAAGCUGGUCUCCAUCGGUGCUGAAGAAAUCGUCGAUGGUAACCUAAAAAUGACACUUGGUAUGAUCUGGACUAUCAUCCUUAGGUUUGCCAUUCAAGACAUCUCCGUUGAAGAAAUGACCGCUAAGGAAGGUCUCCUUCUCUGGUGUCAGCGCAAGACCGCCCCCUACAAGAAUGUCAACGUGCAAAACUUCCACCUGUCAUUCAAGGACGGUCUCGCCUUCUGCGCCCUCAUCCACAGGCACAGGCCUGACCUGAUCGACUACAGCAAGCUCUCGAAGGACAACCCUCUCGAGAACCUCAACACAGCUUUCGAUGUUGCCGAGAAGUAUCUUGAUAUUCCACGCAUGUUGGAUCCAGAUGAUCUGCAGAACACGGCGAUGCCAGACGAGCGAGCCGUCAUGACAUACGUGUCUUCCUACUACCAUUGCUUCUCUGGUGCUCAGAAGGCUGAAACCGCCGCGAACCGCAUCUGCAAAGUGCUCAAGGUGAACCAGGAGAACGAGCGCCUCAUGGAGGAGUAUGAGCGUCUUGCCAGUGAUUUGCUGGAAUGGAUCCGACGCACGAUGCCCUGGCUGAACAGCAGACAGACCGACAACUCGCUCGCCGGCUGUCAGAAGAAGUUGGAGGACUACCGUACAUACAGACGCAAGCACAAGCCUCCCCGUGUGGAGCAAAAGGCGAAGCUGGAGACGAACUUCAACACGCUUCAAACUAAACUGCGCCUGAGCAACAGGCCCGCCUACAUGCCCACCGAGGGCAAGAUGGUUUCUGACAUCGCCCAAUCCUGGAAAGGUCUGGAGAUCGCAGAAAAGGCUUUCGAGGAAUGGCUCCUGAGUGAAAUGAUGCGCCUGGAGCGACUCGAGUACCUCGCGCAGAAGUUCAAGCACAAGGCCGACAUCCACGAAGACUGGACUAGAGGCAAGGAGGAGAUGCUGCAGUCUCAAGACUUCAGGCAAUGCAAGUUGUACGACAUCAAGGCGCUGAAGAAGAAGCACGAGGCUUUCGAGUCAGACCUCGCCGCGCACCAGGACAGGGUGGAGCAGAUCGCCGCCAUUGCACAGGAACUCAACACCUUGGAAUACCACGAGGUAGCCAACGUAAACGCUCGCUGCCAGCGCAUCUGCUCCCAGUGGGACCGCCUCGGAGCCCUGACGCAGCGAAGACGCGCAGCCCUCGACGAUGCAGAGAGGGUGCUCGAGCAGAUCGACUUGCUGCACCUCGAGUUCGCCAAGAGAGCCGCGCCAUUUAACAACUGGCUGGACGGCACCCGCGAGGACUUGGUGGACAUGUUCAUCGUGCACACCAUCGAAGAGAUCUCCGGUCUAAUGGACGCCCACGCUCGUUUCAAGGCCACCCUCGGAGAGGCCGACAAGGAGUACCAGGCCAUCGUCAAUCUCGUGCACCAAGUGGAGUCCAUCGUCAAGCAGCACCAGAUCCCCGGAGGACUGGAGAACCCUUACACCACGCUAACUGCGCAUGAAUUGAACCGCAAAUGGUCUGACGUGAGACAGCUAGUGCCGCAGCGCGACGGUACCUUGGCGGCGGAACUCCGCAAGCAGCAGAACAACGAGAACCUCAGAAGACAGUUCGCGGAGAAGGCCAACGCGGUCGGACCCUGGAUCGAGAGGCAGAUGGACGCCGUCACCGCUAUCGGCAUGGGAUUGCAGGGUUCCCUGGAAGACCAGCUCCACCGCCUCAAGGAGUACGAGUCGGGCGUAUACGCCUACAAGCCUCACAUCGAGGAGCUCGAGCGCAUCCACCAAGCCGUGCAAGAAGGCAUGAUCUUCGAGAACAGGUACUCGCAAUACACGAUGGAGACCCUCCGCGUGGGCUGGGAGCAACUGCUGACCUCCAUCAACCGAACCAUCAACGAAGUCGAGAACCAGAUCCUCACCCGCGACUCCAAGGGCAUCACUCAGGAGCAGCUCACCGAGUUCAGGGCUUCCUUCAACCACUUCGACAAGAACCGCACAGGACGGUUGGCUCCCGAGGAACUCAAAUCGUGCCUCGUGUCUCUGGGAUACAGCAUCGGAAAGGACCGACAGGGCGAACUCGACUUCCAACGCAUUCUCGCCGUCGUCGACCCCAACAACACAGGUUACGUAUCCUUCGACGCUUUCUUGGACUUCAUGACCAGGGAAUCCACAGACACCGACACCGCAGAACAAGUUAUCGACAGCUUUAGGAUUUUAGCCGGCGACAAGCCAUUCAUAACAGCGGAAGAGCUCCGUCGUGAGCUGCCUCCCGACCAGGCAGAGUACUGCGUGUCCCGGAUGCCUCCCUACCGCGGGCCCGGAGCCCCACCGGGAGCCCUGGACUACAUGGCCUUCUCCACGGCACUCUACGGGGAAACUGACCUCUAAAUCACCUCGAUUUGAGAAAGCAAGAGGAAACUUGAAAGAUCUGCCCUCCGCCAUCAGGAAA